CUCCUCGGGUAUAAAAAGUCCAGUAGAAGAUACGCAGAAAAUGAUGUACGGUUUCUAUCAUUGAAGCGCCUUUGUUAUUUGAGUAAUUUCAACCAUGGAAAUCUAUACUUACCUACAGCUGCCACUUUCCCUUAGCCUCAGGCGUUUACUGACCCAGCGCUUCUUGUCAAGUGAACGAAAACCACAGGCGCCUUAGCAAAUCGACCCUAAGACAUAAAAAAUAAAAAAUAAAAAAUUUAUUAUCUUGCUGUGUUGAGGCCUCGCAGAUCAAAUUCCAAUGUAAUUGUAGGAGUAAUUCCAGAUAGGAAGAAGAUGAGGCGUGAUUCCAUUCUUAUUUUGAUCUUUCUAUUGAGUUCUUGUUGGGUCAUAUGUGAGUGCCAAUGGUCUAGCUGCAACAAGGAAACAACUUAUUCUUAUGGCGGUACAUAUUCCAGAAACCUGAACCAAGUUAUCAAUGAUCUGUAUCGCAACACGUCUGAUAUUCCAGAGUUUAGUACCUCUUUACAUGGUGAUUAUCCCGACACCGUCUAUGGGCUUUUGCAGUGUGUGGGGAAUAUAUCAGUGGAAAAGUGUUCUGAGUGUUCGAAGAAUGCAUAUAGAUAUGUUAGUGAAAACUGCAGCAAUGACAUAGGUGGGGAGGUAUGGAUGGAUGACUGUUUCCUGCGCUAUGAUAACUACGAUUUCUUUUCGGAAGCAACUAUCGGUGCAUUUUCCCCACCCAAUGAAAAUUACGUCACUAGCAAUUUAGAGGAUUACGAGGCUACAGUUACUAAUCUUCUGAAGAAUCUGUCAGAGAAAGCCUACGAGUCUGCAAAUAAGGGUUUCGCUUUAGGAUCAGCGAAUUACACCACUUCCGGAAAAGUAUACGGUUUAGUCCAGUGUUGGAGAGUUGUAAACGUAGAAAAUUGCAAAAAGUGCUUGAUCUCUGCAAGGCGAGAGGGAGAAAAUUGUUGCUUAAGGAAGAAAGGAGCUCGGCUUCUGGGCACAAACUGCAAAAUAAGAUAUGAGACAUACCCUUUUUUUGGCUCAGCAGAGUCGAUGUCACCCGAGGGAUCGACUAAGCCAACAGAGGCCCAUAGUUCUGAAAAGUCCCCAAAAACAUUACCCAUAAUUCUGGGGCUUGUGGGGGUUCUGAUUCUGGUGUUCGUUAUUUGCCUGAUUGCAAUGAGAAAAAGAAUGGCAUCUGCCAUUUCUGGGAGGCAAAUAACUCUAGUUACCCAGAACGAAGAGAGGCGGGGGUAUUCCCCUGAAGCCAGAUUAAUUAUACAGGAGAAACAUUUUGUGUUCAGUUUAGAAGAACUUGCAGAAUCCACACAAAAUUUUGAUGAGAAUAAGAAGCUUGGAGUGGGAGGUUUUGGUGCCGUCUACAAGGGAACAACUAGAGACGGAAAGGAAAUAGCUGUGAAAAAACUGUCUGCAAGAUCUACGCAAGGCAAGAAAGAAUUUAUGAACGAAGUGAAGUUGCUGGCCAAUGUUCAGCACCGAAAUCUUGUGAAGCUAUUGGGAUGUUGUGCUGAGGGAGACGAAACGUUGCUUGUUUAUGAAUACUUUCCCAAGAAGAGCUUGGACACUUUUCUAUUUGAUCCGGAAAAGCGCAGAGAGUUAAGUUGGCAAAAGCGUUAUAACAUUAUAAUUGGAAUCGCCCGUGGCCUUCUCUAUCUUCACGAGGAUUCACAGUUGAAGAUUAUUCACAGAGAUAUUAAAGCAAACAACAUUUUACUUGAUGAGAAACUCAAUGCCAAGAUAGCUGACUUUGGCCUAGCUAGAUUAUUUGCUGGAGAUGAAACGCAUGUCGAUACAAAAGCUGCAGGCACAUACGGUUACAUGGCUCCAGAGUACGCAAUGCAAGGGCAGCUGUCAGUUAAAGCUGACGUUUACAGUUUUGGAGUGCUUCUGCUUGAGAUCAUGAGCGGAAGGAAAAAUAGUGAUGCAAAUAUUCCCAACGAAAUGGAAAGCCUGUUAGAAUGGGCAUGGAGAGUAUACAAAAGAGAAUAUGCUUCGAAUUUUGUGGAUCCAACGGUAGCAGAAACAUGUCCAGAGGAGAAAUCGUUGAGAUAUAUCCAGGUUGGGCUUUUGUGUGUACAAGCGGAUGCGACCCUUCGUCCAGCUAUGUCGAAUGUUAUUGUGAUGAUAUCCAGCAGUUCGGUCACACUACCAGAUCCCAAAAAACCUGCUUUCAUAAACCUGAGCAAAAGCUAUGGCCCAAAAGCAGGAGUGAAGUUAAGCUCAGGAUCAGGGGUGCGGGUGGAGGAUUAUGAAACGGGGGCAUCUGGGACGACGACGUCAUCUGCAUCAGGCGUUGCGUCAGUAAAUGAUGCCUCCAUCACUCAAGUGAACCCUAGGUAGGGAGGUAGGGUUUACAAAUAGAUGCCUCUUUAUUAGUCUUAUAGUAUACCGACUUGUUAAGAGUCUGCGAGAGCAAAAUGUUGAAAUAUCGGUACAAUGGUAAGUUGUCAGUUGAAAUGCUGUUCUGUGACCUUCUCUUUCAAAUUCUGUUCAUUAUAUUAUUUGUAUUUUGCUUUGUUCAAUAAAACAAAAAAGGUCACCCUGUCCUAUCGUAAGUGGUACUGUUUAUUAAUAGAAAUUAAUAUUUUCCA